AUGAAACAAUAUUCAAAAGAGAACAGAAGACCAAAUCACCUUAAUAUCACUAGUAAAACACCUAGCAGAUUGCAAACUACUCGUCUCUUGCGAGUUCAUUCACCAAGCACCUCACAAAGUCCAUUUAGAUGCAUUGAUAAUAAAAUAGCUGUUGUUCAUAAUUUGCCACCUUCUACUAUGCCAAAAUCUCCAACUUCAUAAAUUACCUAUUUUAAGAGAAAGAAGAGCAAGUAAGAAGACAUGCUUGAUGAAACUAUAAGCAAAUUGAGUUUUUUAGAAAAAAAGAUAGCUCAUAUAAUGGAAAAGAAUGACUAAUUAAGAUCCCAACUUAAAAAGACAGAAACCGAUUCAGUAGAAUCAUAUUCAUAUUACUUAAGUGGACCCACAAGAUCCAAUAAGUAAUCUAAUUGUAUAAGUUAACAUACAUUGCAAUCUUAUAUGAAUUCUGUUAAACAUACAAUUCACACUACCCAUUCUCCAAUUGAUAGUUCGAGGUUGCAAGACAAGAUGAUUUGUCAUCACAGAACUUAUAGUAAAACACCAUCAGUGGGGAAAUUCAAGAAAUCCAACAUAACCAUCAGAGAGGAUGUUUAGAAUGGGAGAGGUAGAAAAGUAUAUGAAAAUGGAUUUGUUUAUGAGGGUGACUGGGUUAAUGGAAUGAGACAGGGCAAUGGAACUUUGAAAGACUUUUAUUAGAAUAUAGUAUAUUAAGGUUAAUGGUAGAAUGAUCAAUUUUCAGGAAGAGGAAGAUUUGUGAAUCAAGAUUACUAAGAGGAUGAAUUUAAAUUGUUGAACUUUAAAUAGUUUAAAUUAGUUUAACAUCAAUUCACUUCUUAUGAGGGAGAAUUUAGAAAUGGAUAAUUUCAUGGUCAAGGAGUAAUGAAUUUUAAUUGCAAGGGAGAAGAGUUUAAGUUCGUUGGAGGGUUUGCUUUGGAUGCCUUUCAUGGAGUGGGUUCGUUAUCUCAAGAUGAGUGUGUAAUAUUACAAGGGAAAUGGAUUUAUGGAUGUUUUGUUUGA